UUUUUGGAUCAAUGGGUGUAAGUGAAAUCGAAGAAAAAACAUUUAAAGGCAAGAAAAGACGCUCGUGUUGAAAAGCAGGGAUAACAACACCUCGAGAACUGCGUCUUUCAACAAGUUCUGCUAGCUUCCUACCCACUACAGGUAUUACAAAAACAGCCGUUUUCAACACAAUUACACGUUAUCAUCAUCUACGAAAUUCACCUCGUUAUUCAUCAUUAUGGUUGGAACAAUUCCAGAGGAAGGGCAAAUGCUCUUGGCCAAAGAUACCACGUUUGAGAAGAUUCUUCACAAGGGAACGUUCAAAGAUGUCGGCAUGUCAGCAAUGUUGAAGAAGGACUACGAAGCCCAGAAAGCAGCCACAGACGAAUACUUCAGUCAUUGGGACAACAAGAGCGCACAAAAAGAAACGAAAGAAGACCGUGAGGCUCGUACAGCAGACUACGCUUCUCUUACCCGACAAUAUUACAAUUUGGCGACCGAUUUCUACGAGUAUGGCUUUGGCCAAAGCUUCCACUUUUCUCGGCCUUCUGCUGGCGAAUCCUUUAAGCAGAGCAUCGCAAGACACGAACACUAUCUCGCCCACGCCAUCGGUAUCAAGAAGGAUAUGAAGGUGCUGGACGUUGGCUGCGGCGUAGGCGGACCUGCUCGGGAGAUUGCCAAGUUCACGGGGGCGUACAUCACCGGUCUCAACAUUAACGAAUACCAGGUGGAACGGGCCACGAAGUAUGCUGUUCAGUCCAAAUUGGAUAAGCAGGUCCAAUUCGUCCAAGGCGACUUCAUGAAAAUACCCUUCGAAGACAACACCUUUGACGCAGUCUACGCCAUCGAAGCCACAGUCCACGCCCCGUCUCUACAAGACGUGUACUCCGAGAUCUUCAGAGUCCUCAAGCCCGGCGGCGUCUUUGGCGUCUACGAAUGGGUCAUGACGGAAAAGUACGACAACGAAGACCUGCGUCUGCGCAAGAUCCGCAUCGACAUUGAACAAGGAGACGGCAUCGCCAACAUGGUCAAGGCAUCCGAAGCAGUGCGCGCCUUCCAGGCAGCCGGCUUCGAAAUGAUCCAGAACGAAGACAUGGCCGAGCGCCCGGACCCGAGCCCGUGGUACUGGCCAUUGGAUGCCGGUAGCUGGAGACACGCGCAGACGGUGGGCGACUUGCUCUACACCUUCCGCAUGACUGGGCUGGGACGGGCGUUUACGCAUGGGUUCCUUGGACUCAUGGAGACUUUGAGACUUGCGCCCCCUGGGAUGAUGAAGAUGUCGGAUAGCCUUUGUGUCGCUGCUGAUGCGCUUGUACUCGGUGGUAAGGAGAAGAUUUUCACGCCCAUGUAUCUGAUGGUUGGGCGCAAGCCUGCGAAACAAGAGUAGGCGUCUGCGCAGCCAUUCGAUCUUCCUACUUCGUCAUUAGAGCAAAAUGAGAACCAUAGACCUUUCGAAUUUAAUAAAGCCUGACAAAUUGUGUCAAAUCUCUUCUAUGUAAAGGUCGCUGGGGGGAUGCUUCGAGUAGAACCAUAUCAAGGGGUAGAGAAGGGCAAGGAACAGCCAAAUUAAGC